AUGGGUGUUAGAGGAAAUCGUAAGCAUUUGAAGCGUUUAAAUGCUCCGAAACACUGGAUGCUUGACAAGUUGGGGGGUAAUUUUGCUCCCCGUCCUAGCACUGGUCCUCACAAGCUUAGAGAGUGCCUUCCACUUUCUAUCUUCCUACGAAACCGUCUCAAGUAUGCUCUGACGUACGACGAAUGCACCAAGAUUCUUGCUCAGAAGCUUGUCAAGGUUGAUGGGCGUGUCCGUACCGACAAGAAGUAUCCCGCUGGUUUCAUGGAUGUUAUCUCCAUUGAUCGCACCAACGAACAUUUCCGUCUUAUCUAUGACACUAAAAAGCGUUUUGCUAUUCAUCGCAUUCACCCGGAAGAAGCCAAGUACAAGCUCUGCAAGAUCCGGAAGGUUCUGGUCGGCCCAGGCAAGGUCCCCUACAUCGUUACCCACGACGGUCGCACCAUUCGUUAUGCCGACCCCGAAAUCAAGGUUAACGACACCGUGCAAAUUGACCUGGCUACCGGAAAAGUUCUCAAUUUCAUCAAGUUCGAGCCUGGCAAUGUGUGCAUGAUCACCGGCGGGCACAACUUGGGUCGCGUUGGCGUCAUCACCCAGUGGGAACGCCAUCCGGGCUCCGUCGAGAUGGUUCACGUCCGUGACAACACCGGACACCAGUUUGUCACCAGGUUAAACAAUGUGUUCAUCAUUGGCAAAUCGAACAAAGCCUGGGUCUCCCUCCCGAAAGACAAGGGUAUCCGUCUGUCCAUUCUCGAGGAGCGUGAUCGCCGUUUGAGAGCUAAACGCGCUGGUCAUUAA